AUGGCCAUACCAAUCGAAUGCUCGUAUGAGGACCUCGUCAAAUCUCUCAACGCGCUGAGAUCACGCCCCGAAAAUGAAGCAUUUCAAAGACUUCGGGUUGAAUUGCUCCUUUCAGCCGUCCACUUCCAAGUGAUGAAGAGACAUAUGCUUGAGCCAUCUUCCCAGGAUGUCCAAUCUCGCUCUGGAUCUUCCUACAUGGGUAUCUGUACCAGUUCGGCUCGGGGCCGUGCACAUGGACAUCCUGAAUGUUGUUUUUGGUACGGAAUAGAGGACAUAGGCAUCGAUUUCCUGGCGGUGAUGCGGCCUACAAAUGUCUUGGGGUCCAGUCCAGUAGGCUCAGAGAUGAUAGCGCUUACGGACAAAGUUGGGAUUCAUGUUGAGCAGAGGCGUCGGAAGCAAAACCACACUGCAUAUGCACUUGCAACGGACGGUGGUCGCUUCAGGUUCUUCCGCAUUAGAAAGGAGGGCCAGUCUUUUGAAACACAAUGCGGGAGUGGAAAUGACUACGAAGAUAUCAUCAUGCUGCUUAGUUCGGUCUACGAUGAUGCGCUGGCUCCACCGGGCCCCCGCGCAGUACCUCCUCAUGGACAUGCAGACUUGAUCGACACUGACCAAUUUCCUGGACGAGAAGACUACUACAAAGACCUCAAACGUAUGCGCGCAAUGGCUAUACGAGCGGGGGUGACCGUCUACAUGGAUGUCAUACAGAACCUACCAAACCUACUCAGUCCCGAUGCAGAGAAGAAUACCCUCAACCUACUUGUGGUGGUGAUAAACAAAGCCACAGAGGGCCUUCUUAACGCGAUAGGCCAAGGCGAUUACGAACACCGAAUCCCUGAUUAUGGAAGAUCAAUGACGGCGAUCUUCGACACUCAGUUGAAGAAACUGCUGGAGGAGGCUGACUUUGAAGACUACAAUGACAAUCAGAAAGUGCUCAAGCGUGCAAUUCGGAAGGCAGCUCUGCAGGAGAUCAGACCUGUGUUUGAGGAAAUUUUCAAAGAGGCGCGCAAAAAGAAGUUGGCGAAGAUGUUCAAGUGA